UGAAAAGUUGGCAGUGACUCUAAGAUGGCCACCGAAAUACAGUAGGUGGUGGUUCCUGUCAUCUCGUUAAAUAUUUACCCUGCCUCUCUCGAAUGUAAGACUCCGUUCUGUCCUCGCUAUCAGUACAAACACCAGCGAAGGUAGAUCCACGGCGGUGCAGGCAAUGAGUUGAGGCCAUGGGCAACAAACACAGCUGCUGCGUCUACGCCAGCCCCCAAGUGACCCGCAAGGAGGGGGCGGCGGCCGCAGGCCAGGCGGGCGGUCGGCGAGGUUUUGACGAAUUGGCACCGAACCACGAAGAGAGUGUCGGCAACCUUCAGCACAUAAGCGAGCGAGAACCUGAGGAAUGGGACACUGACCCCUCAUCUCACCCCCGAGCCGGCACUAUUUUUAUGGAGCGCUCGAAGGCCUCCAUUCAAAAUGGACUAGUCAGGAAAAAGAGCCAGAAUCACUUGUUUGAAUCUCGGCCCAUGAAGAAAAGCUCGUCUUGCUCUACGAUAUUUCUCGAUGACAGCACCGUCUCUCAACCGAACCUUAAGAGCACUGUUAAGUGCGUCGCCCUUGCCAUUUACUUCCAUAUAAAGAACAGGACCUCAAAUAAACAUCUAGAUAUUUUUGAUGAGAAGCUUCAUCCAUUGACGAAGGACUGCGUCCCAGAUGAUUACGACAGACACAAUCCCGAACACAGGCAAAUCUACAAAUUUGUUCGGACACUAUUCAAUGCCGCACAACUAACAGCAGAGUGUGCCAUUAUCACAUUAGUGUACUUGGAAAGGUUGCUAACGUAUGCUGAGAUAGACAUAACGCCUGGUUCUUGGAAACGAAUUGUACUUGGAGCUAUAUUGCUAGCGUCUAAAGUAUGGGAUGAUCAGGCUGUCUGGAAUGUGGAUUAUUGCCAAAUAUUGAAGGACAUUACGGUCGAAAACAUGAAUGAGCUGGAGCGCCAGUUUUUGGAGAUGCUUCAGUUCAACAUCAACGUGCCCUCCAGUGUGUAUGCAAAAUACUACUUUGAUCUACGAACCCUGGCUGAAGCCAACGAACUCGCCUUUCCGGCUGAGCCACUCAGUCGCUCACGGGCACAGAAACUGGAGGCGAUGAGUCGCAUAGCAGAAGACCGUGUGGUGGGCGGCAUCGUCAACAGCCAAAUCUCGGCUCAGAAAAGAUGGGCUUCGCUGGACAACGUCAGCUGUGCGGUGUCCCGCAGGUCUGUCGCCAUUUUGUCGUAACAUUCCUAUUUUUGUAUUGGCAUAAAGAGUAAUCUUAAAAUUGGAA